AUGUCCGCAGAGGAGCUCCUCAAGAAGAUCCACAACCGCGAGGCAGUCCUGCUCGCCAGGGCCGCCGAGACCGAGGCGCGAGAGGCCGAGCUGCAAGACCUCAAGGACUCGCUCACGAGGCUCGAGCGCGCCCGCGACGGCAUCCGCGACGCCAUCCAGGGUGCCCUGUCCGGCAACGUACCCAGCCCAGGCCCAGGCCCGAACCCAAACACGGGCGGCGUUGCGCCCGCUGACUUGAUCGAGCUGGCUGUCAAGGGCAGCUCGAGCAGCAGCAGUGGCAGCAGCAUCAGUGGCAGCAGUGGCGGCAGCAGUGGCAGCAGCGACAGCAACCCCAGCAACCCAUUCCUGGGUGAAGGUGGCGGCGUCAACCUAUCCGCCCACGAGGCUGUCGGCCUUGCGCUGAUCGCCAUGAGGGACGAGCUGGGCCCCAAGGAGCUGGUCAAGUUCGUCAUCCAGACUGCCAUCCAGUCCAGCGGUCUGGAUUCCCAAGAGGUGAUCCAGGCCGCACUCGAGACCGCCGCCGGGGACGAGCUUACCGUGGACGACGUCGUGCAUGCUUGUCUGGGUGCGGCGAGGGACGCCGGGCCCACGAGCAUGUCCGCCCGCGCCAUCGUGGGCCCCGCCGUGAGGACGGCGUCGCUCCUUGGCUGCGAGGUGCCCGUCAUCUUCAAGGAGAUGUUUUAUGCGGCCGCCUCUAUCCUUCCGCAUGAUCCGGCCAUGACCAGGAGCAGCGUCCUUUCUGUGCUUGGCUGUGCGAUGGGCAUGGGGAUGACUCGCCAAGACCUCAUGGAUGUGAUGGAGGUCUUCUCGAGGGAGGUCAAGCAUGGUGCAUUCGGCGGUGGAUCUGGUGGAGAGCCACCGCGCACAGUUGGUCCCUCCACUCCCCUGGAGACCCAAGAUCCCGACCCACUGCAGCCUCAUCAUCCUCAGCAAUCGCAACCGGGCGCCGACUCCGCCGAUCAUGCAGACACUAUUAACGUGGCACUGGACCAUUCCGCCGACACCAGCCAUCUAGACCCAGUCAACAACGACACCCAGGGACUACCCGCUGAGGAAGACAUUCUUGAAUCAGUACUCUUUGCACCCCCCUCCUCCCCAUCAUAUCCCCAGUCCAUCAACAACGCCAGAUCGAGCCCCGCGCCUGCUCCGAUUCCAGCCAAGCGCAGGGCAGGUGAUGAGGAGGAUGACAACAGCGACCUCAAGGAGCAGUUUGUUGCCCAGGAAAGCCUGCUCCAAGAGAAGAUCAAAAAUGUCGAUGAGCUCGCCGCCCUCACCAAGAAGCUCGAGGAGCAGAAGCUCGCCCUCUCCGCCAAGUCUGCAGAGCUCCAGCAGUGCGCUGGCGACGUCACAGGCAUGAAGACCCGCAUGAACCUGCUGUCCGACCUCGCCGCCCCGCUCGAUGCCGCAAUGAAAGUCAAGAUCACCGCCGACGACGUGCUCCAGCAGGUGCUCGAGGCCGUCCUUCGCAACAAGUACCUCACCAGCGGCGAGAUCAUGGAGCGCACCGUCAACAUCGCCAAGGGCGUGGGCGAACGGGCCCGCGGCGACAUCCUGGCCGACAUCAUCGCCGACCUGAUCGACGACGAGCAGGGCCUCAAGGCAGCCAUCGAGGCUUCCAUGGCCAACUUUUCCAGCCCCAACGACGUCCUGAAGACCACCCUGGCCAUCGCGCUGAAGCAAGGCGCCAAGCCCGCCGACCUCCUCGAGGGCGUCGCAAAGACCGCUUACGACAUGCUCGGCGACAAGGCAAAGGCAUCAUCCACUCCCCAGCCCGCCAAGGAGGCUCCGAUUGCCGCGCGAUGCCCUGAGAGGACCCCCGAACGGAAGCCUGAACGGAGCCCCGAACGGAACCCAGCACGGAAACCAGGACGGAACCAAGAACGCCGGAGGUGGGUGGGAGUCCUUUGCUCUUGGCAGCGCCGUGACCAAUCUCGGUGGAGAUCACGGAGCCUCCCCUGGACGCGCCGCGCCGUCUGGUAUGCGUGGCAGCUGGAGCACCAUCCCUAA